AUGGCUGGUGAUUUAAUUUUGCUCACAGCUAUGGCAGCUGUCUCUCUUCUUUCCACCUUCCAGCAAUGUCAUUUUGCUUGGCUGGUGGGGAAAUUAGGAAUAAAGCACAAGGUCAUGUCUCUGGCUGUCACUGGAGCUCCAGAAUCUGACAGAACAUUUCAUGCACAACAAAACUGCAUGGAGUUUUACCCAAUCUUCCUGACUAGCCUCUGGACUGCAGGAUGUUUUCCAAUCAAGAUAAAUACUUUCUGCUUUUAUCUUGGACUGUCAAAAUUAGCUUUCUUUCAGGGUAUGCUGUACAUGUUUGCCUGCUACAAGUACUUCCAUGGUUAUGUCCAUGGAAGGUUAACAGGGUUUUAUUUGAGUGUGAUAAUUCUGAUUUGCUAUGCAGCUGGUACAGCUGGGAUUGUCAACAGCUUUCUGGAUGAAUACCUGGACUUCAGCAUGAUGGAGAAAGUCCAUAAAUUGCUUUGA